AUGAGUUCGCUGCGAAGCUUAAUAUUAUUCGCCUGCGCUGUCGUAGUGGUGUGGCCGGGAAGGACACACGCUCAAUCGAACUAUGCCUCGCAGGCCAAUAGUAUUGAGUACCAGGGCGAAGGUCUGCCGGAAGAAGCCACCCUGGAUGGAAAGGUUACGAAACUGGACGAUCUAAGCCCGAUCAUCUUCCUGAAUCGAACGAAAGCGGCCCUCAACUGUGCCGCCGGCUUCAUGCAGGUAGAGCUGAAGUUCAACGAACCGUUCUACGGUAAGGCGUACGCCGAUUACGAUCGCAACAGCGCUUGUCAGACGAGUGGUAAGGGUGAUCUCAGCUAUCGAAUCGAUCUCCCACUGAAAGGAUGUGGAACGAAGCAGGGACCUCAACGAGUUUUCACGAACAAUAUUGUGGUACGGUUCCAUCCGGGUCUUGAGAUGGAUGGCGACGAAAUCAUCACGAUCGUGUGUCGAUAUCCACCACCAGUUGCACCAAUUCCGGCAGGUCUUCCAGCUCCGAUCAUUAACGAGGCUGCCGUUAUUGAACCACCACUGAAGGGUAUUCAGAUUCUGUUCAUCAUCUGCGCCAUCAUGUUCCUUACGUUGCUCCUGCUCGGCUUGGGAGUAUCCUACUACUGUCUACGCCGCCGUCCGAUUCCGAUCGUUCGUCGUGUGGUCCACGUUGGUAGCGGUUCCGAGAUUACUGCCCUUGAAAGCGGAAGCAUAGGAAGCGUAUCAGGAUUUAAGGUGGCACGUCCGGUUGUUGCCGUGCCGCCUCCAAUUCAGAGCUCUUCCGGUAGCGAAGGUGCCCUGAUCCCGUCGGACUAUCCGAGUGAGUCACAGUCAGAGAACGAGGAGGUGGAGACGGGAUCGCUGCCGGUGAGCUCGCGUGGUAGCAGCAGUGCCUACGAGAAUGGCGCAUAUGUCCACGAUGGAAUGAGUCUUGCCUCGGGCGACCAUCACAUGCAGGCGUACGGACAGACGCAUGAACUUCAUCUGGCGAGUGCGGCGUUGCCACCAUCGCCCAAGUUCGACAUCCAGGUUCGGGUGAAACGGUCCCCGCCACCACCGUCCUCGCUGCCCUCGAUGAGUGGCUCGUCGAUGUCGGACACCGAGAGCAACAGCAGCACGCUCGUGAGCCAUGGCGGAGAUCGCAACAACCUGUCGACGAUUCUCGAGACACAGGAAGACCGUGACAGUGUGAUGACCACGGAGUCGAUGGCUGCGGAUGGAGCUCAAUCGCACUUUACCUACGUUCCGGAGUUGCAUACGGUUCCGGCACAUCUCGACUACCCGCCCAGUCCACCACCGAUGCCGCGCUAUAACACAACGGUAACGACCUCGAGCACCAACCGACGCUGGCUGGAGGUACCAGACGGGCCGCGCGCCCACGACACACACUCGCUGACCGAGCUCGUGGACGCGUCGCACCUCUAUCAGCUAACUGGCACGCACGUCACUAGCCAUACUAACCGCGCCGAGGACGCGGUGCAGCAGCUGCCCGAGCCACCGAUCGCCGUGUACAAAAAGCCUGAACUCAAGUCUCACGUUGUAGAUGACCUGUUCCUCACGACCGUCACCGAGCGUACGACCAUCGAGGACGUCGAGCGGCACAAGCGGCUGGUGACGGAGUACAAGGCCCGACCGGUGCCAGUACCCGCUCCGCCGCCGCCACCCAUCGAUCCCACUUGGGACGUCACGAUUCGCAACUAUGAGGCGCAACGUCAGCGCCAGUGGGAAGACUUCUCGGAUGUGUCCAGCGCUUCCGGUGCACCAUCGGUUGCAUCCGCCCACAUGCCAGUGCCUUCCUCGACCUACCUGCCGAGCGCGUAUGCGGCCGACGAGCUGCGUAGCCCCGAGCUGGUCGGUAACAUGAAGCCGGUGGAGUUGCCGCCGGAGGAUCGCUCCGUCUCGAACUGGGACGUGCUGAUCCGGGUAUUGCAGGAGGUCGACAUGCCGGACACAUCCAUCUCAACGGCCGCACUGCACACCGAUCUGCAUCGUUAUCCAUUGCAGCGCCAGCUAAGCUACGACGACAAGCUGAAGUGGAAGGAGAUCAUCACGACUGAAUCGACCCUGCGCACGAUGCUGUCGGAGGCAAUGGUUCGAGAGGACUUUGAACGAAUCCGUUCGGAUGCGCGUUAUGAGAACUUGUUCGAGCCACGCUCCUGGGACGUCAUCAUACGCAUUCUGGCGCCACCGGAGGACGUGGAGUUGCGUCAGUCAAAGCGUAGCAAGAAGCGCGAAACCUGGGACACUCGAUCUCGUCGUAGCUCGCUGCCGACGUUGUACGAGUACGAUAGUGACGGUGACUCUUCCGUACGCACGAUCACCCAGGAGCCCCAAUUGGUGGCAGCAACAAACCUGGGCUACGCCGCCCAUGCAGGUUCACUCGCGAGCGGAUCUCGUUCGCGCCGAACCUCCCGUUCUUCGUAUAACUCGAACAACAUCGACAUGCGCUCGAUGUCCGAGGUGAUUGUGGACUUUGGACGGAUGAGCGGAGGUCCGGCCCGUUCCGGAAGUGGUGGUGAACCGUCAGAAGAGGGCAGUUCGUACAUUGUGUCCCACAGCAAGGCUUACUUCGAUGAUGAUGACGAUGAGGAGGCACGGUAUGAUCAGCGCUCACUGCAGCGUUCUCUGAGCCAUCCGAGCUUGGCUCGCUCGGCUAGUGAGUUCACCGAGCGUUGGAUCAUCCCCGAGGACCAUCUUGACCUUCGAGCCGACUCGGAAGCGAAUAACUCGUCGGUGUAUGGUUCGGGUACGAUGGACAUGGACACGAGGACGACGUACAUCAAGCAGAGCCGCACGACGGUGAGCCGCGAACGACGCGACAACUGGUAG